UUUGCAGUGUUUACGUGUACUAGAUGCUGUUUAGCCUUACCCGCCUUAUCAGAGUUUUGACACAUUUUCGGAUUAUUGAAUCAUUUGACAAGGCACUUGUUAUCGAAAUGGUCGUUAGAUAACGCAGUGUUAUCAAGAUGAAAUUGCCUUGAAUUGCUGUGCUAGCUAAUCCUAGUUAUUUCUGCUGAUGUUUUCAAAUGCAAUUUUCACCCCAGAUUUGUUAGUAGUUUUGUCGUCUUGUGAACCCAAUUUUUCUGUGUCAACAACAACAACAUGCCUGUCUUACUACUUGAGAGACUACCUCUCCCGAGUUUGGAAGCUUACGCGGUAGUCAGUGUUUCUCUUUUGGGUUUGUCUCUUCACUACGCUGCAGAAAAAACACAAAACCCUGAAUGGAGGAUGCAAUUUGUUAAAACGAAUAGCAGCCAAGAGAUUCCCAACUCCUUGCAAGCAUUUAUUUCAAACAUCCUGUCUCGUUACUGGCUCAGCUCCAGAGCUCAAGAUAUUGUGUCAUUUUCUAUCCAUGACAGUCUCUGCAUUUGGAUUGUUGUGAACAUGGCUUACUGCCUCCUUGUAUUAUUUGGAAAUUGGCUGCAGAAGCAGGUGUUUGGGGAACUAAGAGUUUCUGAACUACAGCACAUCAAAGACAAGUUUUGGAAUUUUGUGUUUUACAAAUUUAUUUUUAUAUUUGGCAUUAAAAAUGUUCAAAGUAUGGAAGGUGUUAUAUUAUGGGGGUCCUGGUUUUCUGUUAUUGGCUUUCUACACAUUCAUGCUCAACUUUGCCAAGACAGAUUUGAAUAUUUAUCUAUGACUCCAUGUACCCCUCGAAAUCGACACAUCCGCUUGCUUACCCUGCUGGGAUCGAUUCUGGUGGCAUCGGGAUUAUUAUUUUUGAUUUGCCUCGCCGUUGGACAACGCGCUGGAUGGAUUACAUUUGCCUUGGUCGCCCCGGAAUGUCUUCUCUUGGCUUUACGUACCACCCACGUUAUCUUUAGAUACAUCCUCUACCUGCAGUCUUGUCAUCCGCCCAUCCAUCAGAUCUCUCAAGGGUGGAGUCCUUCGUCGUACUACGUGGAAUUGGCGGUGGAGAUUUCAUGCCUCGUUGUGGAUUUGGCACAUCAUAUUCACAUGCUUCUGCGAGCGAAUAUGCUGCUCUCUAUGGCAUCUUUGGUCAUUUUCAUGCAACUGCGAGUGCUCUACGAACAGCUGUGUGGACGUCUCCGGCGACACGGGAACUACAAACGGUUGCUGAAAUUGGUGGAAUUGUGCUGUCCCUUGGAAACACUCCAUUUCGAACUCGAAUCUGAAUGGGAGGAUAACAAAUGUGCCAUUUGCUGGGAAGCAGCAGCUGUAGCCAGACGGUUGCCGUGUGGUCAUCAUUUUCAUCAUGGUUGUCUGUUGCACUGGUUGGAACAGGAUCCUACGUGCCCUACGUGUCGACGCCAACUUUUAGAAGAUGGAUCGAAAGAAACUGCUUCGUCUUCACGUCCCCGGGAAACUGCAAGUUUUAUAUCGUGGACGGGCUGGAGUCGACUGUUUCAACAAAACACUGAUACUCCGGUAGUAGCAGCUGCAGAAAACUCUCAAUUGGAAGCUUUAGCUGAUCAGGUACUUCAAUUGUUUCCCGAUUAUUCGUUUUCUGUUAUCGUUGAAGAUCUACGGCAAACUCGCUCAGUAGACUUAACAGUUGAGAAUAUAUUAGAGGGUCGUCUUCUGCCCACACUUCCCAGCUUUCAACAAGAGCCUAGUCUAUCUACGUUGCCAACAUUCGCCAGGCAAGAAAACCAAUUUGAUGUUUCCCAGGAACCAGAGAAGCUCUUUGUUGAUGAUCCGCAAGAAAGACAACACAUUCUUCAAUGUCGUAAGCAUGAAUUAAUCGCGGAAGCUCGAAAUCGCUUUCUUCAGAGACAAGCACUCGAAAACAAUUCCACUAUCAUUGAAAGUUGAUUUUCUUGCUAUACACGUGUGAUUCUAA